GGAUGUGUUCGGUCCAGUCGGUGGCGGUAGUUCCUCUGUACGCUGUUCGACAACAAACGAAGAAGAAUUUGUUUACAUGCGGGGAGGAAGCUACGCUAGCGACACCGUUAGCAUACAUUAACGUUACCGUGCCAACUCAGUUGGUGUAAUAGCCUUUCGGUCAUGGGGAAGUCAUUUGCAAAUUUCAUGUGUAAGAAGGAUUUUCAUCCUGCGUCGAAGUCAAAUAUCAAAAAGGUAUGGAUAGCAGAACAGAAACUGACUUUCGAGAAGAACAAGCAAGAGGAGCUCAUGCAGGCGUAUCUGAAAGAGCAGGACGUCUACAACAACAGGUUGUUGAUGGGGGAUGAUCGUGUUAAAAAUGGCCUCAAUUUCAUGUACGAGGCUCCACCUGGUGCAUCCAAAGAGGAAAAAAAAGAGGAGGGGGAAGACGAGUACAAAUUUGAGUGGCAGAAGACGGCUCCUCGUGAGAAGUAUGCAAAGGAUGAUAUGAAUAUCAGAGAUCAGCCAUUUGGAAUCCAGGUGCGCAACGUGAGAUGCAUCAAAUGUCACAAAUGGGGCCACGUGAACACAGACAGGGAGUGUCCUCUGUACGGACUGUCGGGUAUCAAUGCCAGCUCGGUGGCUCCGGAGGAGACACCAGGUCCGUCGAUGCACCCCUCGGAGUUAAUGGCGGAGAUGCGAAACAGUGGGUUUGCCUUGAAAAAAUGUGUCCUUGGUAGGAAUGCCACGGUUUGUGAUCCAUCGCAGGAUUAUGUUGCCAGUGAUGAAGAGGACGACCCCGAGGUGGAAUUUCUGAAGUCAUUAACGACCAAGCAAAAACAGAAGCUCCUCAGAAAACUCGACCGCCUGGAAAAACAGAAGGCCAAGAAGAAGAAGAGCAAAAAACAAAAGAAGAAAAGCAAAAGAAAGCACAAGAAAAAGCCUGAAAGUAGUGACAGUUCGAGUGACUCCUCCAGCAGCGGCAGCAGCAGCAGCAGCAGUAGUAGCAGUGGCAGUGAUAGUGGCUCGGAUUCAGACAGCCGGGGCAAGUUCAAGAGCCAGAAGAAAAAGAAGAACAAGAAAAAAGAUCCCUGUCGGGAUAACAGCUCUAAGAGCGAGCGGCGAGUCAAGAGUCAAAAGGCCUCCGCUCAUAGAAGCAGGUCACGGAGCCCUCACACUAGACACAAGCGGCCCGAAGAGGAGUCCGGAGAUUACAAGCAAACAAGGACAGAGAGGGGAAGGAGCGGGAGUCGACAUCGCAGCCCGGAGAACAAGAAGGAGCCGGAGGGAGGUCACGAGAGAAGGAGACGCAACAGCGGGGACGGGCAGAGACCUGGCAGCUCCAAGUCUGCCGUGGACAGAAGUAGGAGCCGCGAGAGAGGCAGGGAGGACAGAGGUAAAGACAGGCGUCACAGCAGAGAUGGGGAGAGGAACAGAAGCAGCACAGAUGGGAAGAGAGGCAGAACAGCAGAUGGGAGGAGCAGAAGCAGGGAGAGGAGGAAGGAAAGAGAGGGCAGGGGACGGAGCCGGAGCAGAGAGAGAGGAGAGAGGAGUCAAGACGGAGCGAGAAGGAGACACUGACGGCAAAUAUUGACGAAACGUGUGAAAUGUUUUGGAAUGUUUUUUCUGUCAUGUGCCCUCUGCAGUCACAAUAUGUAAAAACUGCAUAUGUGGUGCGCUGAUCUCCUUUUCCUCCAGCAGAGGGAGGCAGUGCACAGAAGAUGUGUGUCGGCUGCUGUCUGGUGUUGUCCCGCACCCGCUGUAUGAAAGGCUCUAAAUUAAUUGAUUACCAUUAGAAGCAAUUUGCAGCUGUGAUCCGUUGAUGGGAAAAUGUUGGACUCAUUUUAAUGGUCACUUGGCCACAAGGAAGACGAUUGCUGUUGCCGCAGUUUUUGUUUUUUGUUUUUUUUUUAGCUUUUCAGUCUUUCAUUAUUGUGUAGUUUUAAAAUACGACAUUGUUCACUGUAACGCUUGUUGAUUCCUUGGAAAAAGGAAAUCGGGACUUUUUAUUUUCUGAUUAAAUGUUUAACCAUCUCAA